CAGAGCGGGCGCGGGCUCGGCCGCGGCGGCAGCGGGGCCAUGGCCGCCGACGUGUUCAUGCGGCCGGCGCGGCUGCUCGGGGCGGCGGGGCCGCUGUCCCCCCGCACCGAGCCCGACGAGGACUCGUCGGACACGGACGACGGCGGAGCGUCGCCGGGCGGGGGGCGGCGGUGCGGGCCGCGGCGGGGGCAGCCCCCGGGCCCGCAGAUCAUCCACUCGGGGCACUUCAUGGUCUCGUCGCCGCACAGCGAGCACCCGCCCAAGAAGGGCUACGACUUCGACACGGUCAACGAGCAGACCUGCCAGACCUACCAGUUCGGGGCGGCCCGCGGCGGCGGCGGCGCCGGCGGCCGCCUCAGCAUCGACGCGUCCCUCACGAAGCUGUUCGAGUGCAUGUCCCUGGCCUACAGCGGAAGGUUGGUUUCACCAAAAUGGAAAAAUUUUAAGGGAUUGAAGCUUCAGUGGAGAGAUAAAAUCCGUCUCAAUAACGCCAUCUGGAGGGCCUGGUACAUGCAGUACCUGGAGAAGCGCAAGAACCCCGUGUGCCACUUUGUGACCCCUCUGGACGGCUCCGUGGACGUCGACGAGCACCGGCGGCCAGAGGCCAUUGCAACAGAAGGGAAAUACUGGAAACGAAGAAUUGAAAUAGUCAUUAGGGAAUACCACAAGUGGAGAACAUACUUCAAGAAAAGGUUACAGAAGCACAAAGAUGAAGAUCUUUCAAGUUUGGUCAGGGAUGAUGAUGUGGUUCUCUGGCAAAAAAGAAGAUAUGGCAGAGAAACCCCUGUCCCCAUGGAGGAAGGCAGCCUCUUGGAUGCAGACAUGCUCAUGUCCGAGUUCACCGACACCCUGUUCUCCACGCUCUCUUCACAUCAGCUGGUUUCCUGGCCAAAUUCCAGGGACAUAGGACACUUAGGAAAUGCUGACAUGAUUCAACCAGGGCUUAUUCCUCUCCAGCCAAAUUUUGAUUUUAUGGAUACUUUUGAGCCUUUUCAGGAAUUAUUCACGCCCAGUCGCUCCAGUAAUUAUUUCCCUUCCGUGUCUGCUGUCAGCUCAGCUACCACAGACAGCAGCAGCCACUCUUCCCAGUCUCCUGUCCUGCCGUCGGGUUCGUUGCCCAGCACGCUUCCAGCAGGGAACAUCAGUGAUGGACUGAUUCCUUCCUCAGUACCUGCUCCUGUCAUUCCUGACGUCGUUGCUGACCAGUGUUCCAGCAUUAGAAGUGGGGGAUCUUUCAUCCAGCCGGCAGACUUCCCUCCUGACUCGUCUCUCAGCGGGCCACAAACUUUUAUGUCAGUGUUCCAGACGCCCCUGCCGCUGCUGCAGCCCACGAGCGCCCAGCAGCCGUCCCCGCUGCCCGCGGUGCCGCUCAGCUCCAGCCUGAGCCCCGCGCCCGCCGCCUUCGCCGCUCCAGAAACCCCCAAGUUCGGCCUCUGUGAGUCCUCGGUCAUCACUCACACGGCUUCUGCCACGCUGACCCACAACGCCCCUGCCACCACCUUCAGCCAGAGCCAGAGCCAGAGCCUGGUCCUGGCCACGCAGCAGCCGGGGGCAGGAGUGCCUUGUAACCUGGCCUUCCAGACUGCUGUUGUGCAGGGGCAGCCCCGGCCCCAGCUGCAGUCCCAGCUGACAUUUGCACUCCCCAAACCUGUUCCUCUGGCCAGUGCUGGGACAAGGCCCAAACAGUCACAAAAAAUAGUGCCUGCUCCGAAGCUUGAAACAGUGUCCUUAGUGGUAAAGAAUGCCUUCAUCACCCCAGCUGCCUUUCAGGGACAGUCCAGAGCUGUGAUUGUAACUCCAGCACCUUUAAAAAGAGAGGGGAUUUUGACGCCAGCCACGUCUCAGUCUAAUGUUGCAAUUGCACCAGCUGGAAUUGUCAGAGCUCCCGGGGUGACGGAGUUCCGUAGUAACAUUCUGGUUGGUCCAGCACAGCGAGCACCAAGUAGUCAACAAAGCCAGUCCACAGUCUCACAUCUCUUUCCUCCUAGUGUAGUCCAAGAUGUGUUGGUGAAAGGAGAGCACAUCCCUUCCCACUGUAGCAGUUCACAAGUUCCCUCACCUACACCUAGCCGGGACUGUCAGAAUUCAGGCCAGGCUUCCCCCUGCACCUCUGAGCAGAGCCCCAGUCCACAAUCUCCUCAGAACAGCUGCUCAGGAAAACCUGCCACUGACCCUGCUGUGGCUGCACUUAAGAAUCGAAGGAUGAGGCAUCUUUCAGAACAAAAAAGAAGGUCUAAUAUCAAGAUUGGUUUCAGUGCUCUGAACAGCUUGGUGUCAGCCAACUCCAAGUCGAUCAGCCAUGCCAUCACACUCCAGAAGACAGUGGAGUACAUCGCCAAGCUGCAGCAGGAGAGGACCCAGAUGCAGGAGGAGACCAGGCGGCUCCGCGAGGAGAUCGAGGAGCUGAACGCCACCAUCCUUUCUUGCCAGCAGCAGCUCCCUGCUACCGGGGUUCCUGUAACGCGGCAAAGGUUUGACCACAUGAGGAAGAUGUUUGAUGAGUAUGUGAGAAGCAGGACCCUGCAGAACUGGAAGUUUUGGAUUUUCAGCAUUAUUAUUAAGCCAUUGUUUGAGUCCUUCAAUGGGAUGGUUUCCACAACAAGCUUUAAGGAUCUGAACGAAACUGCACUGGCCUGGUUGGAUCAGCACUGUUCUCUUCCUGUUCUGAGGCCAAUGGUGCUGAACACCCUGCGGCAGCUGAGCAGGAGCACCUCGAUCCUGUCGGACCCGUUGCGGCUGCCGGAGCAGGCGCGGGAGGCUGUGACGAAGGUGAACAAGAGAGCUGGGGAGACCUAACAACCAAAGACACUGAGGUGCUUGUCCCAGGGGUGGAGAACCUGCCAGGCCCUGCCUGCCCAGGCUCCUCCAGUCAGUGCACUUUAGAAAGGAUUCUCUCCAUCACCCGAGACAUUGUUCAGGGCACCUGGCCCUGCCUUGCAGGUGAUGCAGCGUUGUCAGAACGUUUGGGUUCCUCUCCAGUGCUGUGCUGUGCUCUGUCAAGUGAGAAAAAACACCAAGCUCAGGUAAACUCAGCAGGUUUGAGCCCUGCAGGCAGCAAUAGAUCUCCAUCAAUGCAUCCUUAUGCAACUAAUGGAAUGCCCUCAGUUCUCUGAAGUGUAAAUCCUGUACACCAAGGAAUGUGCUCUUCAAGGGGAAAAAAUACUUCUGAUUUCAUGAAGCAAAAUGUGCUUUUUAUUUUGUUCUCUGGUAUUCGGUUCCAUGUGUUUUACUUGAAUAGUGAAAAUUGUUAAACAGGAUCAUAUGAAAAACCAAAGGAGGAGAAAAAUCUGUCAGUGAUGUUAACUCAUGGCAAAAAUACUAGAAUUAAAAUCUCAGGCUGUGUUUUGUGUAUUUUUAUUUUAAUGAGUGUAUCAUUGCAUUUGAUCGGUUUCAAGGCGUGCUUUAUUUUCUAGUAAAUAAAGUAGCUGAUUUUUAUUUUUUUUAUAUAGCCAUUGCAAGGGAGUAGCAGGCUGUGCAGUAAGUGCAAUAAAGCAGUUUUAGAUUGUAUAAAUUUUGCAAUUAGGAUAAAUACAUUAAUUUUAUAUCAGUUCAAUCAAUGAACUAUUUUCUUGCACACUGCACAGUUCAGCUGCCAUCCUCACAAAAUGUGCACAUAUAAAACACAUCCAUUGGUAAAUGUAGUAGCACUUCAGAGACAAGAAUUGAGUUUGUAAUGUUAAAAAAUUGGCUUUUUUAUUAUCUCAGAAGCUAUAUCAAACCACACAAACUUGCGGUCAGUUUCUUUGCUUCUUUGUCUUUUUUUUGCUUCUUUUUGCCUUCCGUCUGAAAAACCUGAAGGACUUUGCUAGGCCUGGUCUAUAUGUAUAUCUGAAGGUUCUGUUCUGCAUGAAUUGUAGAACAUGUAAAAAUAAGUUUAAAACUCAAAAUACUGCAUAACGUUUUUCUGUGACAAUCUCAGCACGUACUGUGCUCUGCUGCAGGUCAACUGAGUCCUGUUCCAGCAGUGAUUGUCCAUCCUGGGACAGCACUGGGAUGUUCAUUCCAGCUGAUUGUUCAUAGUCUGGAUCAUCCCAUGACCCUUGUAAUUCCACUCACGACUUGAUCCCGAUUGUUCAGAGCUAUGCAAACGGUGGGAACACUUCCCUUGAGCAGUUUUCUUCCAGUUCCAAGGGCAGGCUGGAGGUGCUGUGCAGCCUCUCACCGUGGGAGAGUGAGGAAUAACUGGAGCACUUGGGGGUUGCACACUCUGAAAUGGGCUCAGUAGGUUCUCCUUGGGGAAAGGAGCUUUUCUCAGCAUUGUCCCCAGUCUCCUCCUCUUGGUGGGUCAAAGUUUGGAAGGAAAUGGGCCUGGGGAGUAGGCUGAGCGCACGUGGAGGUUUGUUCUUGUUUCCCCAUUGCCCUCUGUUCUUGCAGCUAAUGGCUUUCCUUGCAGAGUUCCUUUUGUGAGAGCAGCACUGUAGGAAGGACAAGGCACAAAAGGUGAGCUUCUCCCUGCAUGGAAGGACUGAGGACUAAAGGGGAAGGCAAAAUGGCACAUUUUGUACCAACACAGCUUCCUCUGUGCAGGCAGAGGGAGACAUGCUUUUCUUUCUUUUUCUUUACAGUAGAUUUGACAUAUAAUUUGAAGUUUGUGGCACAUGUGGAAAACUGUGUCCCUGUGACAGAAGCAACAAAAUUCCAAGUCUCAGCCAAGGAAUGGUGUGUAAAGAUUGUCAUAGUAAUUAAAUAGUGAGUAGAUUUUCUGGAGGGAUCCAUUCCCAGAUCUUUCAUAAUGUUGUAAUCAGUUAAACAAUAUUCUUUUGAAUACAUCUGGGUAAGAAGUGUUAAAUAAGUAAAUCCUUUUUUUAUCAGUGCUUUCAAUCCUCCCAUUUUUAUUACUACUUGUGAAUUUGACUCCAGUAAAAUCAUUUUAAACUGUGAUGAGCUGGGGGUGUCCCUUAUGUCCUUUCCUUGGAAAGGACAUCACUGUUUGUGCGUUAAAAGCAUGUGUGGGUUUCUAGCAAGAAAGCAGCAGGCAUAUUGUCCAAGAGCUGGUGUUUUUGCUGAGCUUUACAGAUGAGCAGAUCCUGUAAAGCCUCUCCUGCUUGUCAGCAGUGAUGGUGUGUGAUUUUUACCAUUUCUGGUAUCGAUGACGUGGGAGUUUUGUCCCAACAAUCACAGUGCAGUACAAUCAUCCUUCAGGGCCCAGGGAGAUCUGAGAACUGAGACCCUAACAUCCCAAAUGUCACUGAAUGGAUUGGAAACUGAAAGCAACCUUAAAGGAACAGGGAGGGGUAAUUCACCUGAACUGCCAAAAGUUUUGUCCAUUCACAGUUUUGAUGUGGAUGGAAAACUCAUCCAUCAGAUUGCACCAUGAGCUGGUUACAAUUGGAGGGAAAGUGCUUGUUUAACAAUUUGUGGUCCAGAAACAAACUCAAAGCCCUAUUAAAAAACUGCAAAUCUUAAAGAGAAAAAUAUUUAAGUAUUGCUUACUUAGUCAAGAGUGUAGGAGGGAGGAAAGGAAAAGUGAAAAGAUACUUUCCACUAGUGCAAUUACCAGAAAUGAUGUGGCUGCUCUUUGAAGCAGUGAUUCAAUAUGUUCUUGUCACCCUGUUAUUGCAGAUCAGAAUUCUUUUUAUCAGUCAGCCUUGUGAGGACAAUGAUUUCACUUCAUUUGGAAACACAGGAGGAUAAAAGCUGGUUUAUGUCUCAUAUCUGAACAGUAGAACCACUAAAGAUUGGUAUGGAAAGAGAUGGACCACGUAUGUAUUAGUUCCUGAAUAGUUUUCUACUUUGAUUUAUGUUUUAACACCUUAGUCUUUCUUUCUUACCCAUGGAGGUAUUUAAAUACUUUAUUUUUUUCAAAGUUUUGUAAUUUAAGCACUCUGAUUUCCUCAGUGUCACCAAAGUAAGCAAGCCAAACACACAGUGCCUAUGGUCUGCACACAAUUGCAGGUGCUGCACAUCUGUCUGGUGCUAAACUUUUGGAGAACCCCCAUAUAACUGAAUAUAAGUUAUAUUCUGUCAGAUCCAACAUGUUUCACUCAGUAAAGGAGUGGCUAAAUAACUUAUUUAUGGCCUGUGAUAUGCACAAAGUCAAAAUGGGUUUGUCUACCGGUUCCUUCUGACCUCAAAUUAUAUUAAUUGGUAUAUUGUAGAUAGCCCCACCCCAAAGACAAAUUCUGGAGAGCUGGGGCAUUAUCUGGUGUAGUUAUUAGCUUGUGUUGUAGUUACUGGGCUCCUUUUAGCAGGAGAGUAAGGGUGAAGGUCCAGGAGCAAACUGGAGUUGAAGGAAUUUUUGAGGAGGAGGAUCAGAGACAAGUGCACACUUCACCAUGACAGUCUGAUCUCUGCACAAAGCCAAAGGAUUCUUGGUUAAUACCAUUAUGACCUGACUGGAAUGUUCUUUCAUGCUUUUCUAGACCCCUGGGGAAGGCUUCCUUGAAGGGGGGGCUACCAGAAUGUUUCCAUCUGUGCCUUAGAUCUUGGUGUCGUGAGUGCGUUUGAUUAAUCAUAAGUCAUCCAUUGUUCCCCCUAAAAUGAUGCUGUGUGGAAAAUUCAGAGAAAGGAGAAAGUGGGACUUCCCUGGCUUUUUAGAGGGUUUUAUCUGUGUGGCAUUGCUGUGACUCUUUCAGACUGAGGUCGUGAGUAACUGUUUCUGUGUUUGGAAAAAAUUGUAUCUUCCCUGCUUCCCUCCACCCCUCUCCACUGCCGUGUGCAGGAACACGUGUGCACACAUGGACAUAAUCUCUGCCAAACCCAGGAACAGGCAAGGACUUCAACCUCUACAUCUGAAAUGCCUUGAAAAGACAAAGGGCUGUCAAAUGUAUUGAAAAACUGCAUCCCUUUGUAUCUUCAGGUUUUUUUACAUUCCUCUGUGUGUGUGUGUUUGUGUUCGCAUGUGGUAGAAGGGACAGGUAAAUUUAGUUUUGUUGGCUUUUAAAGCCCAAAACACCUUAAAAGGAGUUUGAGAACAGGAGAGGGAAGCUCACUGCAGAAAUGUUCAGUAAGAUAAUGCUUACUUGAAGGCUGUUUCACUUUCUCAGUUUCUGGAGUGGAUAGUUCUUGCUUUGAUGUUGUCAGCUAGAAGGUACUGCUGAAAAUUGAAUGGGUUUUUCACUGUUUUCUUCUUUUUCUUUCUGUUUUUUUUUUUGUUCCUUCCCACCUUUGUUGCAUGGAAAACCACCAAAAAACAAAAGGCUGAUGACAUCCAGUUCAGGUUCUUUAGGGAUUCAGUCACACCAGUCUUGGAGGGCUAUGGCCAAUUGUUGAUUACUUCUAGGAGUUUUCUAAAUUAGGUGAGACAUCAGGAGUUUUUCUAUGACUCCUUAAUUUAUACACUUGAGUUGCAGAGGAGAUUAUUUGGUUUGGUUUUGUUUGUUUGUUUUUGUUUUUUUUUUUUAACAGGACCCCAAUAUUUUUCCCACAACAUCACUUAAAGCUCUAGUUUUCUUUGGUUUCAUUCUUGGUUGGAUUUUCUGUUCACAUACUGUGUAGAGCAGAAGUGGUAGAACCAAACUGUAGCUUUAUCUGUAAAACUUGAGUUCUUCAGUUACAAUUACAGUAUCUUCAGUUACAAUGAAACACACCUUUGGUAUAUAAUGGAAUUAAUUUCUAGCCACUGUCUGAACAUUUUUAUAUCUGAACUUUUCCAACAUGAAUAAGGUUUUCAGUCAAAAGAUAUCAAUGUUAUGAACAAGCCUUUUAACAAUACAGUGAAUAAAUAUAUUGUUUUCUUCUUCUAACCUUGUAUUUAAAUGUGUUUUAAGUGAAUGGAAUUCAUUCUUGUUAAGAAAAAAGGAAAAAAAAAGCUUGAAGGUAUGAGGACUUCAGGUUGUGCUCUUGCUUUGCUUAGGUUUCCUGUUCUGUUGCAUGACAACUUCUGUUGUGCUGUUGAUAUGUAGCACUUUUCAGUAGGUCUGUUAAAUUGUGCAAUGCAUUUUUUUAUAUUUACAACCAAAACAAUAAAGGAUAUUUUUUGGAAGAAA